GCCUGAUGACGUCUCACAACGCUGGCCAACAUGGCGAAGAAACAACGUGGGAAAGCGAGCUCGUCGUCAAAGACGGCGGACAUCGAAAAGCCCACAAAGAGUUUCACCUUGUCGCUGGAGUCUAGCGACGAUGAAGCUCCAGAGGAGGUGACCUUUGAAGACUCCAAAGCUGAGGCUCUGCGGAGCAUGAAACAGGCGCUGGAUACCGCUAGAAGGGAAAAGCAGCUGCUAAAAGAGAAGAGGAGGAAGAGACAGGAGCUCUUCCAAGAACAGAAGAAAAGAAAACUCUUAUCGGCUGACGUGUUGGAGGAAAUCGACUCGGCUUUCUCAAAGAAGCAGAAACAGUCUGAAGAUGAAGGUGAACAGGAGGAAAAGCCAGAAAAAGAGGGGGGAGAUGGAAAGAAGAAGAAGAAAAAGAAAAGGAGUGGGAAACUGGCAAAUGCCCGGAAUCUGAAGGGGAAGUACACAGUGACGACGGUGAAGGAGCGAACGCUGGCGUCCUUCCAACAGCAGGUGGCCGAGGAGUUCAUCCAGUCCAGACUGUACGGACCAGGAACCUGCAGGACCACAAGUGAGCUGGUGGCAUCACCAUACUUCAUUUUUUGUCAGGUUUUCUACUCCAUGACACGGGGAGAUGCAUUUCUGCAGAGAUUUUAUCACCUCGUUUGUUGUUCUUUGGUCUUAAUACUGAGUGAACAAAGCUUCUGUGUUGCUGAUGUAAAAUGAAGCAAACAGCUGCAAGCUACACUCUGUGGCAGUAGUCUGUAAAGACGAUGAUCUGUCUCAAUUUGAGCUUUGCUACAAUGACGUCCCGUCUCACUGAGAGGCGCUCGCUCUCCCGGGCGUCCUGCUGCAGAGACGGCGACAA